GUCUUGUCGCGGCUGCCCCUGGACCCUCUUCUCGGCAGGUCGGCCAUCGUAGGCUCGCUGCUCGGCGUGCCGCGCCUGACCGCCGCGCUGCUGGUGGUGUCGGGCGGGCGCUCGCCGUUCAUGCUCGCACAGCACAGCCGGGCGGUGACGCUGAAGGAGCGGAAGAAGCUCUGCGGCUGGUCGGACGUCCUCGCCGCCACGAAGGCGCUGCUGAAGUGGGAGCACGUGCGCGAGCAGAGCGGCGAGGUGUCCGCGGGCAAGUGGGCGGAGACCAGCCUGCUGAACCCUGGGCAGCUUAGCACCUCCGCCCGGGCGAGACAGCAGCUGGUCGGGGACAUGCAGCGCACGGGCCUGCUGCUGAGGCUGCCUGGCAGCGCCCCAGAGCCGACCGCGUGGCUGAACCUGCAGGCCGUAGACGACGAGGAGAAGCUCCCGCCCUGGAAACAGGCGCAGCUGGACCGGGAGCCCGACGACGGCCAGGACGACGCCGCGGAGCCGACGGCGGAGGGCCUCGACGCGGGCACCCCGUGGGAGGACCGGGGGCGCAGGGUUCAGUCGGUCCUGACCCUCUAA